AAAUAUCUCACAGCUUUUUCAUCGUUUUUUGGCCGUACAGCAGCAACGAACUUUUGUGGAAGGAAUUUUAAAAGAAAAAUUGAGUAUUGUGAAUAUUCACAGUGUUGGAAUUUAUUGGUUAGGAAAUAAUAAUAAUUUAACGGAAUUAGUGUAUAUAUUAAAUUGUAAGAUAGAAGAAGAAGAGAAUGGUUAAUUUAAAAAUUUUGGAUUAUAUUUGUUGUUGUUUUGUUAGUCAUGCUGAUGAGAGGAGUGAGGUACCUUUCAGCCAAUUGUCAAAUCCUUCUCCCAAUACAGAGAGAUCCUCUGAUUUGAAUGAUACAACUGAUGACUUUUGUGAGUCUUCCGAAAUGAUUAUUGGUCUGUCAGCAGAACAAUAUGAAGUACUGUUGAACCAGGUACAACAUGAAAUUGAUUUUGAUGAUGAGAAAAUGAAUCACAUUACAGCAUAUCUGACGGAGAAGAAUGUCUGUAUUGAUACAGAACAAGCAUUGGCUUUUAUUGGAACAAUACACUUCUCAAAUACUAGAAUUGUAUUCAUUGAACGUUUGCUUCCUUUCAUUAUUGACUUGAAAGUGGGCAAGAAGAAAAUUAUCGAAACAAUUGGAUUUUAUAACGACAAGAUUAAAAUCAAGAAAUUGAUUAGUGAACAUUUAAAGAAGAGAAAGAUUGGAGAUAAUUUCAUGAAGCCACCACCAGUCUCACCAUCUCAAGCCAGAAUGAAUGCACUCGGUGGAUAUAAGGGAACUACAAGUGACUAUCUGGUUGGAGGAACAGAAUUGGAAUCAUUUGGAAGUAAACAAAUCAAACAAUCUUCAUCCACCAGUCGAAGUGCAUCCCCAUCUCCAAACUAUCAAGCCAACAAUAAAUAAGAUAAUGUAAAU